GGAGACAUCGAAGGACAAAGAUGAAUAAUGCUCGCAAACCGGUUGCAUUGAUUUGCAUUAUAUGUGUUAUUGUUGAUAGUUGAAAAGCUUCGAUUGGAGCAGGUUCUAACUGUUUGAGUUGGAUUAAUUGUUUCGUGACCGAAGCGUUUAUUGUUUUAUAGUCAGUUGAAUUACGCCAACGUAAUGAGCAAGCUGUAUACGGUGAUUUGGUUGUGUUGCUGUAUCCCAGCUAUAACCUCGGGAGCAGGCUUACCUGAAGACGUUGAAAAAUGCAAUUUCGGAGACUCCACGUGUCUGGUUAGAAGUAUCAAUGCGCUAAUCAAGCUAUAUCCAAAAGGAAUUCCGGAGAUUGGACUUCCUCCGCUGGAUGCCUACAAUUUUUCGGAGUCCAUCAUUCUGGAAUCACCACAUCGCGGGCCCAUCUGGAUCAACUUUCGCACACUGGACAAUGUAAAUAAGGGCUUUAAUAACGCCACAGUUACUCACGUGGAAGGAUUUCUGUAUGAGCCCAACCAGAAGCAAAUUGUGCUUAAGGCCCGUUUACCAAGACUCCUGCACGAAGCUUCCUACCAUAUGGAGGGCAGGGUUAUGCUCUUCGCCUUCAACACCACCGGUCGGUUGACUUCCGACUUUCAGAACUUCCGCAUCACCCUGACUAUCAAGGCUUUAGUGGAGUACAGGAAUGGCAAGCGCUAUUUAAAGAUUUACAAUCUGGUACCUAGCGUGGCCUUGGAUCGCUGGAUUGUUAGGUUGGAUGACCUGUACAAGGAAAACUCGGAUGUGGCUAUUUUAAUGAAUCAGGUGUUAAACGACAAGUGGGUGGAGGUCUGGAAUGAGUUGCAGCCUGGGAUGAUCAAAUCCUUUCACCACUGGUUUCACUGUCCUGCUCAACAAGGUCUUUGAGAAUGUUGCCUACGAUGAUAUGUUUCUACCUCAUUUUGACGUUCGUUCGAGGUCUUAGCAAAGC